AUGGUUUUGGAAGCUGGUUCAAAUCCGAUAGAAACAAUCAAACAUCCUGGGGAAUUCGACACAAUGUUGAAAACAGUUUUAUAUCCUAAAGAUUUCGAUUCAGUCUCAGGUUGGAUACCCGAUGUUGGUGAUGGAAGUAUUUUAAAGGAACCGGUAAGAAAUCUUGCAAAUGAUGCUGAUUUAGCUAGAGUGAGAGUUGUUGCUCGAAACACGAUAGAAAGAGUAGGACGAGCAGCUAAUCAUGGAUUCGAAAAACGAGUACUUCAGUAUAAUAAUGUUGUUGAGAAUAAUAGGUGGGGUAAUUACGUAAAUUGGAAAUUAUAUCCUUUAUUCGGUCUGUUGGAACACAGGAAAGUUUCCGUAGGCUUACCAUAUAAAAUUCAUCUACAAAGAGAAAUCAACGACGAUAAGAUAUUCUUUGGAGAGAAUGGUUCAGAUGCAAAAUUAGAAAUAACGAAUCUCCAACUUUUCAUACCCGUAAUAACACCAUCAAUUGAAGUAGAAACGAGAAUAUUCAACUCGUUAACUAAAGAUAUUGAAAUAGCUUUUCUUCAUCGCAAUACGGUAGGUAGCAUGAUUUUAACUGGAGAAUCCACCACAUGGCCAAUCACCAACACUAUUAAACCAGCAAGAUAUUUAAUGGUUGGUUUCAAGAACUUACCAGAUUCUCAAACGAAUAACAAUAAUGUCUUUAGAGUGGCAAUGAACGAAACUCAAGAUCCUAUAAUCCAUAAAGUUCAAGUAAGAUUAAACAACGAUAAUUAUCCUAACCAACUUUAA